CCUUUCUCUUUCGCUUUAUUGUUGUUCUCAUGCUUGACGUGGUUUUGUUGACAAACUUUGCUGAUACGACACAAACACAAUGGAGACAUAUUUUUCAGAAGUUAUUUCUUCCUAUGCCAGAAUACGAGGCAAACACAAAAAGGACUUCAGCAUACCAUUCUGGGAUGUGAUAGUUCUCACUGCAAUGGAUGAUGAACAAAAAGCAGUCUAUGAUAAGCAGCUGAAGUACAAAUACGAGAGAGAGGAGUUACCAUUUGAUGUGCCGAUACAUGUCACUGCCGACCCACCAGGUCCAAAAAUAGGUAACGGUGGAUCAACAUUUGUCAGUCUUCAGUUCCUAUAUGACCUCUACAGUGAGAGACUGUUUGACUUUCGGGUGCUACUUAUUCAUGCCGGUGGGCAAAGCCAGAGGAUGCCAAGCGCAAGUGUACUGGGAAAAAUAUUCUCUCCAAUACCUAAGGGCAAACAUUCAAUGUAUGAAAUGCUAGAUAUAAAACUGGCAACAUUUUGUCCAUUAAUUCCCAAAAUGUGCCCAGGGAUUUUCGUGACUUGCGCCGAUGAUUUCCUGGUUUAUACACUUGGAAACAACCAUGAAGGCAUUGAGUUUGCCUCAGAAGGUUUCACAGCACUUGCGCAUCCUUCAACAUUAGAGGUAGGCGUCGGACAUGGAGUGUAUGUGUUUGAUAAAGUCGACCUCAUAGAUCCGAGAAUUCCACUGCAGCGCUGUAACUGCCAUCGUGUAUUACAGAAACCCAGCAUAGAAAUAAUGAUUAAAAAUGGCGCAGUUUUGGAAAAUGAGAAUAUGAACUUUGCUGAAGGAAUUAAAAUUGAGGGAAAGGCUGCUUACACCGAUAGUUCAUUUUUCUUUGCCCAUGAUGUAACAAAAUUGAUGUUGAACUUUCUUAAAUCCAAUGGCCCCAUCCAAGGGGAAAUUGAUGCCUAUGGGGAUUUCUUACAGGCUCUGGGACCAGGUUCCACAAAUGAGUACACAAGCAAUAUGGCAAACGUCAGCGCUUGCACUCCAAAGCUGAAGGAAACAAGAGACUGCAUAUACACGCUUCUGAAAGGAACCCCAUUAGUGUUAAUGGUCAUGAAUGCAUCUAAGUUCAUCCACAUUGGUACAACCAAAGAAUACAUUGAACACUUCUGCUGUGAUGCCGAAUUUCAAGAAGAACUGGGCCUUGGGAAAGAUGUGUUUAAUAUGUGGGCAGAAUGGCCGAGUGGAGACAAACUCAAUGAAAGAUGUCACGGUGAUGAAGCUCCACCAAUCAAGAAGUUCAGAUUGUCUGACACAUCUUUAGGUUGUGUAAUGCAUAGCCGACUUCCACUAAGCUCCUUUGUUGCUCGCACAGCUGUUGUCGAGUACUGCAAGUUUCUUAUUCCAGUAACAGUAGGACAAAACUGUAUUCUUAGCAACUGUGAGUUCACUUCUCUAAGUGCAUCAGAAAUGAAACACUUAGGAAUUUCAGACGAGGAUUUGCCUAAGGAGUGUAUAUCUAUCCCUCCCAAUGUGUUCAUGCACACUGUACCUGUACAGCUUUGUAAUGAAACUCAGUUUGUGACAGUCUUCUUUGAUUUAAAAGAGAACUUGAAGAAAUCCACUAACAGUGAUGACAUACAAAAUCUGCCAUUUCUUGGAAAGGUGAUCAGUGACUUUGCUCGAGUGACAAAUGCUAACAUUUUAAGUGAUGCUCCUGACUUGAGUGAUGGUAAAUCCAAAGUAAAUUUGUGGUUCUCCAGCCUGUUUCCAGCUGCCGCCACACCUAGCCAGUCUUUUAUUUUGGCGCUAUUUUGCAUAAACGCACUGAAAACAGAUGAUGAUUCAGUAGUUUCCUUGGAGGGCAAAUCUCUCUUCUCCAUGGCAUCUUUGCUGAAGACCAAAGAUGUUCAUGAAAUGCUGAAAAAAAGGAAUGAUCUUUACCAAGAUAUUAAGCACGGAUUCUGUUGAAUAAAUCAGAAAGUGAUUGAAUAAUACAUCCAUUCAGAGGUGUUUAUAUCAAAUGUCAUUGUGGGUGAUUUUACUGAUGUCAUUGUGGGUGAUGUUUACUUAAGUACAAAUUACAUAAUGCUGUUUACUUUGCCAAGGGCAAUUUUUACAAUAUGAGUGUAAAAAGUUAAAAAUUAAGUAAAAGCCAUUGUUGUUUCAACUUUCAUGUUAUAUAUUUCAAUAUUGUGUUGUCACUUUAUUUUAUAAUUUAUAAGUAUCAAGACGGCUUGGAAUACAAUCAUUUAUCUGUAUUUGUAUUUGAACAAGUGAUUGUUUGAUGACUUGUGAUGUUUUUGUCCAGGGACUGCUAAACAGUUAAUAUAUUUUAAAAUCACUGAUUUUUUUUUUAUAUUCAAAUCCGGGAGUUUUGUUUUUUCAAAAAAAUGAUGAGCGCUUUUUUGCUGGACUAAUAGUUCUACCACACUUCUUGAUGUAUAAUUCAAGUUGUUGGUUUUGAUGGAGGUUUAAAUUAUUUAUUUUACUGAACUCUUGUAUAAUUAAAUUAUGUCUGGAAAUACUGUUCACCAGUGUGCAAUGCAUUGAAACUUAGUUUGCAUACUUGUGGUUCUUGCUAGUUACCGUAUAUUUUAUUAUUUUUAUCAUAUUUUAAUAAAUAAACAAAAUUACAUUUAAAUGGUAGUCUUCUAAAUAAUAAUUUAUAAUUUAGCCUUUUUUUAAUGGUAUUUACAUUUACAUUUAAAUCUGAUAACAUUGAUCUUUUAUUGUUCAAAAGUGUAUAAAAUACAGAUGUUGUUUUGAAAUUUGGUUUUGGGCAUUGCAUACUACUUUAUUUGUGUUUGUUAAUUUUUUGUUGAUAACUUAUUUAUGAUGUUAUAUAAUAUACUUAUUGGUCAAUUGGUUUGAUAAUUAAAGAAAACAAUUUAUA